UGACAGCUGAGUCGUGCUCGAUUUCAAACCGGCAGUACGGUCAAGCUCCCCCAAACGAAUGGUUCAAGCCGGCGCGUCUGAUAAUCGGCAGGACUCGUAAUUGGUUCCGCCAUAGAGACCAAACCGCUCCAUAAGCCCUUAAUUAUUUGAGAAACCGUUGCCAUUUGGAUGUGUUCCUCAUUUUCCUCAUCUCUUCCGCUACCAUUGUCAAUAGUUCUUCUUCUUUAUUACUUCCUCUGUCAGAAUCAGGGCCGACAAGGCGAUGGCCGAUAUGGGUUUCCGGAAUGUGAUAGCAUCCAUGGAUCCAUUGGCUACCUCCCGUAAGAUACCUCUGCUCAAUGCCACUGCCAUUGGGGAGUCUCCUGAUACCCAAGAUGAUCAUCUCAUUAUACCGGAUCAUCAAUUCUCUUCCCGUGCUUGUAUUUCCUCCCACGAUCAGUAUUUGGAGAUGUACAAUAGGUCCGUUGAUGACCCUUCUGGAUUUUGGUCCGAUAUUGCGGCUUCUGAGUUCUUUUGGAAACAGAAAUGGGAUCAGAAAGUCUACUCUGAGAAUCUUGAUGUCCGGAAAGGUGAAAUCAAGAUAGAGUGGUUCAAAGGUGGAAUCACCAACAUUUGUUACAACUGUCUCGAUAGAAACAUUGAAGCUGGACUUGGGGCAAAGGUUGCUCUCUACUGGGAAGGAAACGAGCCUGGUUUUGAUGCCUCCUUAACUUACACUCACCUUCUAAACAAAGUUUGUCAGCUAGCAAGCUUCUUGAAGGCUAAUGGAGUCAGGAAAGGUGAUGCUGUUGUGAUUUAUAUGCCCAUGCUAAUGGAGCUUCCAAUCGCCAUGCUUGCCUGUGCUAGAAUUGGUGCUAUACAUUCGGUUGUUUUCGGGGGGUUUUCUUCAGAAUCUCUUGCUCAAAGAAUCAUAGAUUGUAAACCAAAAACUGUGAUUACGUGCAAUGCUGUUAAAAGGGGUUCUAAAGUUAUCCAUCUUAAAGACAUUGUGGAUGUUGCUCUCACAGAUUCAGCACAAAAUGGAGUCUCUGUAGCAACGUGCCUUACGUACGAGAACGAGUCAGCACUAAAGAGAGAAUCCACUAAAUGGAAGGAAGGGAGGGAUAUAUGGUGGCAGGAUGCUGUCUCAACAUAUCCAACCACAUGUACAGUGGAGUGGGUUGAUGCAGAGGAUCCACUUUUCCUGCUUUAUACUAGCGGGAGUACAGGAAAGCCAAAGGGUGUUCUUCAUACAACUGGAGGAUACAUGGUGUAUACAGCAACGACAUUCAAGUAUGCAUUUGAUUACAAACCGUCCGAUGUGUACUGGUGUACAGCUGACUGUGGUUGGAUCACUGGGCACAGUUAUGUCACGUAUGGACCUUUACUCAAUGGAGCUAGUGUUGUUGUUUAUGAAGGGGCCCCAAAUUAUCCCGAUCCUGGACGUUGUUGGGACAUAGUUGAUAAGUAUAAGGUGACAAUAUUCUAUACCGCUCCAACAUUAGUACGGUCCCUCAUGCGUGAAGGGAACGAGCAUGUUACUCGCUACUCCCGAAAAUCCUUACGGGUUCUUGGAAGCGUGGGCGAGCCAAUCAAUCCCAGUGCAUGGAGGUGGUUCUUCGAUGUCGUUGGAGAGUCGAGGUGUCCUAUAUCGGACACAUGGUGGCAAACGGAAACUGGUGGUUUCAUGAUAACUCCAUUACCAGGUGCAUGGCCUCAGAAGCCAGGCUCUGCUACUUUUCCCUUUUUUGGAGUUGAGCCCGUACUGGUGGAUGAAAAAGGUAAUGAAAUUAAAGGUGAAUGCAGUGGAUAUCUAUGCUUGAAAAGCUCAUGGCCUUCAGCAUUUAGAACUCUUUACAAUGAUCAAGAAAGAUAUGAAACAACCUACUUCAAGCCAUUCCCUGGCUAUUACUUUACUGGCGAUGGCUGCACCAGGGAUAAGGAUGGAUACUACUGGCUUACUGGAAGAGUUGAUGAUGUUAUCAAUGUCAGUGGGCAUCGUAUUGGCACAGCAGAAGUGGAAUCUGCUUUAGUUUCACAUCCCCAAUGUGCCGAAGCGGCUGUAGUUGGUAUCGAGCACGAGGUGAAAGGACAAGGGAUUUAUGCAUUUGUGACUCUAGUGGAUGGUGUUUCUUAUAGUGAAGAGCUAAGGAAAAGCCUUAUUCUCACGGUUAGAAACCAGAUAGGAGCAUUUGCAGCACCUGACAAAAUUCAUUGGGCGCUCGGACUUCCAAAAACAAGGAGUGGUAAAAUAAUGAGAAGGAUUCUGAGAAAAAUUGCGUCGAAGCAGCUAGAUGAACUUGGAGACACUAGCACUCUAGCAGAUCCUGAUGUGGUUCAUCAGCUCAUCAGCCUUGCUGAUCGCUGAAUGGCACUAUUACUAAUGAUAUUAAAAUCAUUCAAAGUUAUACUCAUCUUCAACCUACCUUAUGCAUACAAUAUUGAGUUAAGUUCAUCAAAACUCGUCUUUCCUGACAUCGUUACUAAUUUGAUAUCGAGUUGAAUUCUAUUGUUAUAUCAUUGACCUCUUAAAUAUAAAAUGAUGAGCUAUUUCUGUA